CUAUGGUUUCGCGUUAAUCAGAGGAGAACUCUGGUCAAGGCUUCAAAUUGGGACGAACAACAAUCCCCUUGGGAAACAACAGAAUUGGACAGAGAUGCUGAUGAAGAACAGAUAAAGAGCGCUUAUCCACGAUUGGCUAAAUUCUAUCAUCCAGAUGUCUAUGAUGGUAGAGGAACCCUUGAGGAAGGCGAAACAGCAGAAGCUAGGUUCAUUAAGAUCCAAGCUGCUUAUGAAUUGCUUAUAGACAAUGAGAAGCGAAGACAGUAUGAUAUGGAUAACCGAGUCAACCCUCUGAAGGCGUCUGAGACAUGGAUGGAGUGGCUAAUGAAAAAGCAAAAAGCUUUUGAUCAACGUGGUGAUAUGGCAGUUGCUGCUUGGGCUGAGCAGCAGCAACAAGAGUUGAAUCUACGUGUCCGUCAACUUUCUCGUUCAAAGACGGAUCCUGAUGAGGCAAGGAAGAUUCUGGCUAGAGAGAAGGCAGCUGCUGCUAAGAAUUUCUCCAAUACCCUUAAAAGGCACACACUUGUUCUCAAGAAAAGAGAUUUGAUGAGAAGAAAGGCUGAGCAAGAUCAAGAUAAACAUAUCAGCCAGCUCUUGGCAGCAGAAGGUCUUGAAUUAGAUAGUGAUGAAUGAAAAUGGGACAUAAUUCUCACUUAUCAACAUAGUUAUCGGAACCGAACCGGUAAUAUGAUCGGGUCAUCGGAUUACUGGUUCAACCGGUGGGUCACUGAAUCCGGUCAUAAUUAAAAAAGUAUAAAAUUAUAUAAAUAAAAUUAAAAUAAUGUCUUAAAACUUAAAAUGUAAGUCUUUACAAACAUUAAUAAUCUAAUAUCAAGUCUUAAACAUAACUAAUAAUCUAAAAAAAAAAAGAUAAUAAACUAGUCUUUAGUACAAAAUAUGUUUUCAAUUUAUAUCAACAAGAGCAAG